GGAGGAAAGAGUCACAGCCGCCCCUCGAAAAGCGAGUGUCCCCCUGCGCGCGUCGCCGUGCCAUCUGGGACUGACCUCCCACUCCUCCGUGCCGUGUCACAACUUGUUUUCGGUUCCCAAAGAAAAAUUUCCGUCGCUGAAGAUGAGCGGUCUCUAAAGAAUAUUUAAUAUAAUGUACUUUCGCCCCCUCCUGACCGCUUGGACAUAUAAAGGGAGCGAUUUUUAACCCGUCUUCACAUCCGAUUCAACAGUUUACAAACCGGAACAAAGCGGCUGAAGGAAUUCUUUACCAAUAUGCUCUACAUUACAUAAUGUUCAUGUGCGAUGAACCAGACUAUCUCCAGGACUGUUCAUGCGUGGAGCAAACACGCCUUUGUGCAGGUGUCUAACCCGUCUUGAUGAUUGAUGUUCUCCAAUGUUGAUGGCUAGUCCGAUUUUUUUUUUAUAUUGUCGGUAACAAGAUUUUUUGCAACGCCUCCUCGAGUAACAGCACCACGGACAGCUCCUGGCACGCGGCUCAGUUGCAAGCGGUUCAAACUUCAGGCAGCGACGCACUCGCCUCCUUUAUUCAUUCAUCCAUUGGCUCAGCGCCACUCUGGUUCACGUUCACGAAUGUUUAAGGCUUAACAAACUCAACAGUGCUGCAAAGGAUGUACUUUGGCUUUUCUCGCUCCAUCCAUCCGACGCCAGCGCUGGAAACCGAGGAACCCUGCAGGCUGUAAUCUACAACAAAACUCUGAAGCAUAGGAGGACGAAAAGGAUGGAGCCGAUGCUGUAAAUAGCCUCUGUCAGAAGCUUCGAGAUCUGAUGCUGCCAUCAUCAAAAGCCUGCUAGACGUUGAUUAGAAACCACAAGCAGGACAGUGACCAGGGAUAUGUCAUUGGAGAAAUCCCCUGUGUCGGGGGUGCACCCUGUGCCCCGACCCUUCUGGCUGUCCCACCUCAGCCUGCUGUGCUUAUGUGUGUCUCUCUUUGCCCAAGCUACCCAGGGUUUGCCUGUGGUAAGUUAUAACACUGACCUCAAGAGGGAGAUCACAGUGGAUGGCGAUUUGAUCAUUGGUGGCCUUUUCCCUGUGCACCAGAAGGGUGAGGGAGUAGAGGACUGUGGGAAGAUCAAUGCUCAGAGGGGGAUCCAAAGACUGGAGGCCAUGCUGCUGGCACUGGAUGAAAUCAACAAGAAUGAGCGCAUCCUGCCCGGAAUCCGACUGGGAGCUCACAUACUGGACACUUGCUCCAAGGACACUUAUGCUCUGGAGCAGUCUCUGGAGUUCGUCAGGGCCUCCCUCACCAAAGUGGAUGACAGUGAGUACACGUGCCCCGAUGGCUCCUAUGCCAUCCAUGAUGAUGUCCCUCUGGCUAUCUCUGGGGUCAUUGGAGGCUCCUACAGUGAUGUCUCCAUUCAGGUGGCCAACCUGUUGCGGCUCUUCCAAAUCCCUCAGAUCAGCUACGCCUCCACCAGUGCCAAGCUCAGCGACAAGACCCGCUACGACUACUUUGCCCGCACCGUUCCCCCUGACUUCUACCAGGCAAAGGCAAUGGCAGAGAUCCUGCGUUACUUCAACUGGACGUACGUAUCGACAGUGGCCUCAGAGGGGGACUACGGUGAGACGGGCAUUGACGCCUUCCAGCAGGAGGCUCGGGCCCGCCAGAUCUGCAUCGCCACCUCCGCCAAGGUGAGCCGCUCCAUGAGCCGCUGGAGUUACGAGAACGUGAUCCGCUCUCUGCAGCAGAAGUCCAACGCCAAGGUGGUCAUCCUGUUCACGCGCAGCGAAGACGCCCGCGAGCUGCUGGUGGCGGCCAACCGCAUGAACGUCACCUUCACCUGGGUCGCCAGUGAUGGCUGGGGAGCGCAGGAGAGUGUGGUGAGGGGCAGCGAGGCCGUGGCCGACGGGGCGUUCACCAUCGAACUGGCGUCCUAUCCCAUCCCCGACUUUAACGACUACUUCACUGGCCUUCACCCGUACAACAACACCAGGAAUCCCUGGUUCAGAGAGUACUGGGAAAACCAGUUCCAAUGCAGCCUCCAUGAACUGGGCUGUGGCAAGCACUCUCUGCGCGAGGCUCCGUUUCAGCCAGAGUCCAAGAUCAUGUUUGUGGUGAAUGCCGUCUAUGCAAUGGCUGUUGCCUUACACAACAUGAGGCAGGCCUUGUGCCCCAACUCCACCAAUGUGUGUGAGGCGCUUAAACCUGGCAACGGCAGAAAGUUUUACAGGGACUACAUUCUCAAGGUCAAGUUUGAGGCGCCAUUUCGUCCACCAGACACUGAGAAUGUAGUCCGCUUUGAUGCCUUUGGGGAUAGCCUUGGCCGUUACAAUAUUUUCCACUACCACAAAGAAGAUGGACGGUAUGUCUACCGUAAGGUUGGCUACUGGGCUCAGAGCUUAACCCUGAACACCAGCCUAAUCCCCUGGCCUGGGCUGGUUCCCCCAACCUCACAGUGCAGUGACCCCUGCAGGAAGAACGAGAUUAAGAGUAUGCAGCCUGGGGAUGUGUGCUGCUGGAUCUGUAUCCCGUGUCAGACCUACCAGUAUUUGCAGGAUGAGUUCACUUGUGCUGACUGCAGCUUUGGACAGUGGCCCCUGAGCAACCUGACAGGCUGUUAUAAUCUGCCGGAGGAGUACAUACACUGGGAAGAUGCUUGGGCUAUUGGACCCGUCACCAUUUCCUUUCUUGGGAUGAUGUGUACGCUCUUCGUCAUCGGCCUUUUCCUCAAACACAAUGAGACACCCGUGGUGAAGGCCAGUGGCCGUGAGCUCUCCUACAUUCUUCUGCUGGGGGUGUUGAUGUGUUACAGCAUGACCUUCAUCUACAUUGCAAAACCUUCCAUGGCAGUCUGUACUCUGCGUCGGCUAGGCUUAGGCACCUCGUUCGCUGUGUGCUACUCAGCCCUCCUAACCAAGACCAAUCGCAUCGCUCGGAUCUUCAGCGGGGUGAAGGAUGGAGCACAGCGGCCUCGAUUCAUCAGCCCAGCCUCCCAGGUUGCCAUCUGCGGCGGUCUGAUCUCCUGCCAACUGGUGGUGGUGGUGGUCUGGCUUCUGGUGGAGACCCCGGGGGUGAGAAAGGAAGUGAGCCCGGAGAGGAGAGACGUGGUCACACUCAAGUGUAACAGCAAGGACUCCAGCAUGCUCAUGUCCCUCACCUACAACUGCAUCCUCAUUAUCCUCUGCACGGUCUACGCCUUCAAGACCCGCAAAUGCCCCGAGAAUUUCAACGAGGCCAAGUUCAUUGGGUUCACCAUGUACACCACCUGCAUCAUCUGGCUUGCCUUCCAGCCUAUUUUCUACGUUACUGCCAGUGAUUAUAGGGUGCAGACAACCACCAUGUGCAUCUCUGUCAGUCUGAGCGGUUCGGUGGUGUUGGGCUGCCUCUUCGCUCCGAAGGUCCACAUCAUUCUGUUCCAGCCGCAGAAGAACAUCAGCACUCUCAGAGUGGCCACCACCCGCUUCAGCGUCACCACUGGCCCGGGCUCCAGUUUCUCUCAAGCAUCAGCCUCCAAUGUUGUUCCAACAGUGUGUAACGGGCGAGAGGUGGUGGACUCCACAACGUCCUCCUUGUGAACAUCAGCUGAGUUCCUCGGUCAAACAUUGUAAACAGAGUUAUAUAAUCACUAGUCCUGAAUCAGGUGUCUCAGAUAUUAAAGAGGUCAUACAGACGAUUGUUCUGACUUUGUUGUCCUCGAAGUGCUGUGAGUACAAUGUUUCAAUUAUUUUAUUUGUUCUUUGACUCGUAGCGAUUUGAAAUGGGAUACCAAUAAAGUCGCAUAUAACCCUUGUUUUAUUGAAGAUUCAACUUGCAACAAUGGAGUAAAUUAUAGUAAAUCUGUUAAAUGGAAUAUAUACAAGACGUUUUAAUGUAGACUUUGGUGAACCAGUUUGUGCUUUCUUGUAAUUUAUGUAAAUAAAAUGUGUUUUUUACUAAUA